AUGUCUCGUGUGAUUGUCAAAAACUUACCAAAACAAGUUAAAGAAGAACAGAUUCGAAAACAUUUCCAACCAUUCGGAUCCAUAACUGAUCUACAAUUAAAAUAUACCAAAGAUGGUAUAUUCCGUCGUUUUGCAUUUGUUGGAUUUAUAAACGAUGAAGAAGCUCAACGUGCAAUUGAUAAAUUAAAUAAAUCUUAUAUUGGUACAUCAAAAAUAAUUGUUGAACAAUGUUUUGCUUUGAAUGAUAGUAAUCGUCCGAGACCGUGGAGUAAAUAUUCUGAACAGAUUCCUGAACCAAUAAAAAUUCCCGAGGCAACAAAUAAACCGAAAACGAAAUCAAAAGGAAGUAGUCAAUUGGUGGAUGCAAUACUUGGUGAUCUUAAAUAUGAUGAAAAAUUUAAAGAAUUCGUUAAAAAUGUUGAUUCAAUGAAGAAAAGUGAACAAAUCAUAUGGAAUGAUUCAAUGAAAAAUACUGAAGACGAAAAAAAGACACCAUCGAAGCCUGCUGAAAAUAAACCAAUAUCUUCUGUUCCUUCUCUUCCUAUUCCUGUUAAAGAAGACAAACCUAAAAAGCCUCGUUAUCUAAUAAAAAUUUGUGGCAUACCAUAUUCAUCCAAAGAAAACGAUAUUCGUCAAUUUUUCUCUCCAAUAUCUAUUGUUCGUUGUCGUUUAAUUCACAAUCGUAAAACGAAUUCCUUAACAGGAGUUUGCUGGAUUGAACUCGAAAAUGAAGAUGAUAUGAAUAAAGCAAUGUUUAAACAAAAAACUGUAUUAUCAAUUAAGAAAACCGGUGAAAAUCGUUAUUUAGAAUUAACAUCAUUUAUUAAAAAUAAAGAAUUAUUAAAUAAAUCAAAAGAUAAUAAUAAAAAGCCAAUGAAAGCCUAUGAACCCAUUAAUGAAGCAAUUGGUGAAACAGGCGAAUUAUUCGUACGAAAUCUUUCAUAUAGAACAACUGAACAAGAUUUAGACCAACUUUUUAGUCCAUUUGGACGAAUAACAAAUAUUAAUAUGCCCAUUGAUAGUUUAACAAAACAACCGAAAGGUUUUGCACAUGUUACAUUUAUGUUUCCUGAACAUGCCUUAGGAGCUUUUAAUCAACUCGAUGGGCAUGCUUUUCAAGGUCGCUUAUUGCAUAUUUUACCAGGAAAAACACAGCAACAAAAAGAACAAGACUCGUUGGAAUCAACUAAAAGUCAGACACCUACCGCAAUAGCAACAUCAUCCGAACAAAAUUGGAAUGCAUUAUUUCUUUCUUCCAAUGCUAUUGCUGAAAUUAUGGCCGAACGAUAUAGCCUUGAUAAAUCAGCCAUUGCUGAUUCAACAAAGAAAAAUGAUAGUUUAGCUGUACGAUUAGCUGUUGGAGAAACACAAAUCAUUCAUGAGACUCGACAAUUUUUAAUCGACAAUGGUGUACAAUUAGAUUCGUUUAGUCAAGCAAUCUCAGCAACAAAACGAAGUAAAAAUGUUAUAUUAGCAAAAAAUUUACCCAUUAAAACGCAUGCACAAGAUUUACGAAUUUUAUUUGAAAAAUAUGGAAAAUUAGAAAAAAUUAUUUUACCACCCUAUGGACAUUGUGCAUUAAUUGUAUUUGAACAUCCGCAAGAAGCACGACAAGCAUUUAAACAAUUAUCCUAUCGGAAGUUUAAAGAUAAUAGGCCAUUAUAUUUGGAAUGGGCACCUGGAAAUGUACUUUCGGUACACAUAAAACCAGAAGAAAAACAACACACUGAAUCUCUUGUUGAAGAAGAACAAGAACAAGAACCAGUAAUUCAAGAAGAAGAAGUAUUUACAUUAUUUGUAAAAAAUCUUAAUUUUGAUACAACUGAUGAAGAUUUAGAAAAACAUUUUUCUUCGAUUGGCUCAUGUCGAGCUUAUGUAGCGAAAAAAAAAGAUCUAAAACGUCCAGGUCAAUUAUUAUCAAUGGGUUAUGGUUUUGUUGAGUAUUCAUCGGUUAAAUUACUUGAAGAAGCACUUAAACAAUUACAGAAUUCUGAACUUCAAGGUCAUACACUUGAACUUAAACGAUCUGAACGUACAAUGAAAUCAAAUCCACACGCAAAAUCAAAUAAACGUAAACGUCAAAUAGAAAAAGAACAACAAACAAGUAAAAUUUUAGUGAAAAAUAUUCCAUUUCAAGCUAAUAUCAAAGAAAUUCGUGAAUUAUUUCGUGUAUUUGGUGAACUUAAAUUUGUUCGUCUUCCGAAAAAAGUUGACGAUGAACGUCAUCGUGGUUUCGGAUUUGUGGAUUUCAUAAGUAAAAAUGAUGCAAAAAAUGCGUUUGAUGCUUUAUGCCAUAGUACACAUUUGUAUGGACGUCGUCUUGUCCUUGAAUGGGCAGACGAAGAAAAUGAUACAGUCGAAGGAUUACGUAGAAAAACUGCAGCAGAAUUUGAUCUCAGCUCAUCUGGAAAACGUUCAAAACGAUCAGAAUUACUCGGCGAAUUACGUAAAAUGGGUGGAAAUGAGCAAACAUCCGAAAGAAAAUCUAAUAAUACUAUGGCCGAUGGUGAUGACGAUGAUAAUGAUGAAUAA